AAAACCAGAGCGAAGUCCUGUAGAGAAUUCCUGGAGACCGAAAGCUCUAGAUGUCAAGACCUUCUCUCGCGUGAUCUCUCUCUUCUCUCUCUCCCCGCACCAUCACUUCUCUCUCCUCGCUGCGAGCCCGAGUCGCAUGUCCUCUCUUCCGGUCGCCGUUGGUGAGCAGACACUGAGCCCAAGUGGUUAUUGUUGUUCUUACAUGCCCCUUGUUCCCUUAUCUCAGAUCUGUUCAGAUGUACUUUCAGGUUGAUAGAUCAUAACGGAUGCUAGGAUGGUAGCUGGAUGAAUCAUGUUGCAUAAGAACGUCCAUAUUGUUAAAGGACCAAAUGGACUGACUUGUGUUGAUGCGAUUGAUUGGUUGUUUGUAUGGAUUGAUUGAAUGAAUGGUUGCUACGUUUUCUUGAUUGAUGGUAUAAUGAGAUAAGUUGUUAAAAAAUAGUUAACGAGUAGGUUAAUAGAUAACUUGUUAUCUGAACUUGAUAGAUGAAUACUAAGAAUAUGCGUACCAUAUGCAAGUUGAAUUGAGUGUGACACAGAGAACGGGUGCUGUCUGGAAAUAAAAGAAUGUGAUUAAAGAAAGAAAAUGAGAAAGAAAAUGAAUUCGUAAGACACCGAGCACGGUGAGGUCUUGACAGGAAACGCAGUCUGCAGCGGUAGCGCGGUAGAAUUAGCGACGCCAGUUAUAAGAUCGAGUCACACCGAAUCUUGCUGGGAAGUGAUCAGCCUACACAGGGUGGACCGCAUCCUGCUUUGGAUGGUGAGCAUAUAGGGAGCAUGAUCACAUAGGUAUCGUGUGAUGGGGGAUCCGUAUUUGACCCCUUGAGCGUGCGGUAGGUUCUAGAGUUCUAGGUUGUUUGGAGUCGUAAUUAUAUAACUAUAUGUGUGGUGAUGACUGAGUUCAUUACAUUGUUUGAUUGCACUGAAAUGUUGAUUGUUAGUGGUUACUCAAUACUCAUUUUGAAUUGUGCAGUACAGAGGUUCAUGCAGGGAAGUUGGUCUAACACACGGGAUCUUUGGGACCAGUAACAAAACACGGGAAAUGUCAGGUGUUUUAUGUUUAUAUAUGUGUCCUUAACCCCCGUUCUGUAACCCUGGGUUAAUGUUGGGAGGAGGCGGGUGUUACAGGGUGUAUGUUGCAUACAUUAAUAUUUCAGUUCUGAAUUAUUAUGUAAGGUAAAAUGAGAGAAAAUUAUAUACCUUAAAUAUUAGCAAACCUGAUUACUCUGAUUGCUCAGUUUCGUAAGUAAAGGCAAAGAAGAUUCUUCUAAAAAAAAGAUAAAGAUACGUUGAAGCCAAUAUAAUAAGUUUGUCAUCACAGUUAUCUGCAAAUUCAGGAGAGGCUGCUAACUGUGAGUCAAAAGUGACAACAAGAAUGCAUAUGCACUUAGGUAAGAACCAACUAUGCAUUUGCCUAAAUAAAUCACUAAUUACCAAAUUUAGGAAAUAAAUUGCAACUACCGAUCAACCCCAUCACACAAUCUCAACCCUUUAAUAAUCUCGCCGCCUUCUCUAAUUCCUAAAUAUUAUCUUCCAGUCACGUCCUCCCAAUCAAUUGGCUCUCUUCUCUCCUCUUCUCUUUUCCCUUAUUGUUUGUCUAGAUUCUUCGUCUGCCACCAACCCGCCGCCGUAUGAUCUCUUUGGUGGUGGCGAUUACACCAUAUAUUUGUUAGUUUUAUUGUUAUGGGCUGCAAUGGCUCAAGGCUAGGAGGUGCGGCAGCUGCGAGAACAGAUGAGGGCGGCGUUGUACCACUUCCCGCGGGAAUACGUCCGCUUCUCCGGCGAAGAUUAGAGGAGAUGAAGAAACGGAGCCAUGCAAGCGUCUUGAAAGGAAACCAGACGUUGUCCAAGAAGGAGCUUCUAAGGCACGGCUCCUCUGAGGUCGACGACGGAGAAGAGAUGGAGGAGAAACACGACAGCUUGAAGUUGUCGGCUAAGGUUGCUCCUGUGCCUGAUCAUCACGUGGAAGAGAAGAAAGAGGUUAUUUAUGAAAAGAUUUCGUCGAGAGAUGGUGUUAAAGAAGUGAAGAAAGAGGAGGAAAUUGUGAAGAAACAAGAUGAAGACAAUCAUCAUCAUGGUGUCGUUGAUGAUGUAGCCAUGAAUGUUAACAAAGAGGGAGAUAAUGGUUCUAACCAUAAUGAGCAUGACAAGGUCAUCAAUGAUAAGAAGGAUGAAGAUGAUAGUGUUGAUCAUGAUGAAGGGAGGAUGAGCAACUUUGAUGAGAGGAUGAUAUGUCCUGGAUCUCCAAGCUUUAGGGUUUAUUGCAUCGAUGUUACUUCUGAUGAUGAUGAAGAAGAAGAAAAAGAUGCUGAAGACACGAGAAAGUCGAUGGAAUCCGAAAGCGUCCUCAUAGAAUCAAAAGAGGAUGAAAGCAUCGUUAAAAAGGAGAAAAGAGAAAGAAAAGGAAAGAGAUUCGGAAUAGCAUUGCCAAGGAAGUAUUUGGCUAAUGUGACUGCAGGAUGCAUGGGCAACCACACUCAUGCUCGUCUGAUGCAAGAGAAAUCGAGCCAGUGAUCUAAAUAUGUUUGCCAUCUUUGAAUUGAUUUGGUCAAGGAAGAACGGUGUGUUGUACGUACGGACGAUGCAUAAUCAAAAGACACCCCAUCAUGUAAUCUGUUAAUUAGACCUUUGAUUUAUUUUGAGGGACUCUUGUUUCAGAAUUAGUACAAUCUCUUCUUCA